AGUACACUACAUACAAAACAAUAACUAAGUUCUAGCAAAACAAAACAGAAACAAAAAAAGAUAUGUUUUCUUUUACUUUUCUUGUUAACAUCAGAAAAACAUUUCCUAUUUUCAUGCAAUUGAGAAGAAUAGCAGCAUAUAUUAGGGUAGACCUCAUGAUUUGAAUAAAUGCCAACUAAGUUUUUCAAAACAUAACAAGGGAAACAAGGCAAGUAGCUGAAAUAAAAAUCUGGAGAUUCAAAAAUAAGGAUGAAUUUCACAUUGGCAGCAGUCAUUUGUUUAUUGGCUGGGAUUGCUAUAACAGAUGGAAUUCUAACAAAAGGAAUGGAUCGGAGUCAGAAUGGGCGACGGUGUUGUCACUUUGAACCACGCUUAGAUGAAAUAUGCCCAAAAAAUCGUAUAUCUUGCUGUCAAGGGUUUCUUGGGUGGAAAGGCGGUUGCUUUAGACUUAGACCAGAACUUGAAGAUUUAGCUAAUCAACGACGAAAGGUGGACAGAAAAGAGUACCAACUAUUUGAGAAAAUAUGCCAAUGGCUGCCAAGGGAUACCAACUAUGAAAAUCGUCUUUUAACAUUGUGGAGAGAUCUUGCUGCCUUGGGGGAAUAACAAAAAGAAAAGUAUGAAAUGAAUGAAUCUCAAACUCUAGAUUUGAGACACGGACAUGUAUAAUUAUAAAUGAAAGUUAAAAUAGACAUUUUAUUCGGAUCAGAACUAAAAAAUAUCAAUCAUACUGGUAUAUGUUUUACUAGAUAUAGAUAUUCUAUUGUUAUUCUAUUAUACAAUAUCUAAUCUAAUAUUUUAUAAUUGUCAGCUAAUAUCAUUGGUCAUACCUAAGUCACAUGACAUAAAAGAACAGGAGGUAUUCGCUCAUCAUGCAAAUGUUCUAAAACAUCUUUCACAAGAUGCCAAAUGUAAAGGUAUUUGCAAUGAAAUAAAUAUUUGUAUAUUAUUAUCUCUCUGUCAUACUCCUCCCUGAUUGGUCCUUAUUGGUUCAUACAUGUGACCAAGUAUAAACAGCAACUCCAAAAUCACUUGAAAAGUGUUCAGAAUGGUGAAAAACUGCGUGA